AUUAUGUAUAGAUUUAUGAUUAACAAUUAGUCGGUGUUAAUAUCCGAGUGGAGCAAAAUAUGGAAGUGAUCCCACCUUAUAAAUUUUAUCAUAUUCCAAAUCUUAUAAUAAGUUAUAACUAAAAGUUUCUCCAACUUAAUUAUUCUCAACAAAUUUCAUUUUUUUUCCCCAAAAAGUGCACAUCAAUUUUUUAUAGUAUCUAAUAAAAUAACAUGGUAGAAAGUUUACCUAAAAAAGAUCUUAGAGAAUCAUAUGAGGUCGGUGCUAGGUCAGUGAUGGUGCAAGAUCAGUCAGCAUCUUUUAAGACCUCCUUCCGAGCCCAAUUCACUCAGUUGUCGGAAAGCUCACCUAACACCGGAUUUAGGGAAUAAACGAAAAAUUUCAUGAAAGAGAGAGAAUUCAAAAGAUAGUAUAGAAGUGUAUGAUUGAAGUAAAAAUUGUGACCAUAAUCGGGAAUUUACAUUUGUUUAUAUAGGGAAUCUCAAGGGUAGACAUUUCCUAUUUUAGAAUAUUUUCAUUCGUGGAGAUUUACAUUGCAAUUACCAAUCCUAAUUUACAUGCUUUCUUUAUCUAUUUAGGGAGAAUAUCUUCGAAUCUUCUUCUUCCACGACUCUCCUUGAGCUCGCCAGUCGCCACCUACCCCCUCCAUCUCUCUUGCGUGUUUCGGAUGAGCUGGUGAACUCUUUAUCCAGGGGGCAUCGUUUAGCAGGUUUGGUACUAAUAAUUUUUCUUCUGACGAGCUUCUAAAGAGGUCAUGUCUUUGAUGCGCAUUGAGCAUCUGAAGCCAAUAUAUCUAUCUUGACCGACAUAUUUUUGUCCUUAUACAGUUAACGGGUUCUAUGUCGGAAGUUUGGCCCAAACUUGCCGAACUGAUAGUACAUUUGGGCUUCAAUUUACAAAGAUAAUGGACUAACAAAUUGUAACUUAAAAUGGGCUUAAUCUUGCAACCCUUGGCCCAAAACUAAUAGUAAUUAAAAUACGCCGUGGUGCGCCUGUCCACAACGAAUGUGGCGUAUUUUAGUCGAGUGAGCUUGACUAAAAUGCGCCAGGGUGCGCAUCGUCCGAGCUGGCACUUACCCAAUCCCCACUCGGCAAUUCAUCAUCACCACCACCACCACCAAAGUCAAUCAUAAAUUUUCGCUCUCCAUUUUCUCUCUCUAGCCCUAACGGCCUUACCCCAACCCAACGGUCCUCAAUCCAAAAUCCUCAUAUAUAUACCUAGUAAAUUCGGAUAUUCCGGCGAACUAUUUUCCGGCGACGAUGAGCGGAGGUGGGAGUUUCUACUGGGUGCGGAAUCGUGGGGAAGAGUUUCAAUCGAAGGGGAUAAUCGUGGUUUUCGCGUGGGUUUCGAUUACCGGAGCUCAGCUGAAGGAGUUCGUCGGCUUGUGCUCUUCUCUCGGAUGGAAUUCUCUUGUUUGCCGCUCUGAUUAUCUCAAUCCAUUCUUUCCUGACCGGGCCACAUCACUUGCUUUUGCUGUCCUUAACGAACUUGCUAAGGAGCUUAGAGGUGGAUUAUGUCCUGUAGUCCUUGCAACCUUUUCUGGCGGUUCCAAAGCUUGCAUGUAUAAGGUCUUACAGAUUAUCGAAGGAUGUGCAGAGGUGGAGCUUGAUAUGGAGGACAGUCGACUGGUUUCGAGCUGCAUCUCAGGGCAGAUUUAUGAUUCUGAUCCUAUAGAAUUUACUAACGACUUGGGUGCUCGAUUUGCUUUGCCUCACUCCAUCCUCAAAAUCCCUGGAACAUCAAAGCUAGUUUCUUUGUUUGUGAAAGGUGUUACUUCGAGCUUGGAUUCUUUAUUUCUCACCAGGUUUGGAUCUCAACGUGCAGAGUAUUGGCAGACCCUUUACUCAUCAGUCGGUUUGGGGGCUCCAUUUCUUAUUUUAUGCUCGGAUAAUGACGAUGUCGCUCAUUUUUCAACGCUAUGUACCUUUGUUCAGCGCUUACAGGAUAUGGGUGGUAACGUAAAAGUUGUAAGGAAAAGUGUAUCUGCCCAUCUAGAUCACAACCACCACCACAGAUCCGCUGUAACUGAGUUCCUCCAGCAGGCAGUUUCAGUAUUCUCCGAUAAAAUCCAAAAACUCGGACAAAAAUCCCACAUAGACGAUGAAAUAUCCGACCUGAUAUGCGACCUCCAAAACGCAGCAGUUGACUCAAACCAGAGUUUCCAAAGAGUUGCAGUUGGUCCAAUGGACCACUUCUUCAUUCCAAGCUCUUCAUCGGAAACUUCCCCACAGAAAGAGACGAAAGACAGGUCAUCACCUAAUCGUACAAUUCCUCGCAUGUGCACAAACACUGUUCUCGGCCAAGUGCUUUUCGAUGUGUGCGUUCCGAAAAAUGUUGAAGGAUGGGAUAUUAAAUUCUCAGGCUCGUUGAACGGAGAACCCGUUGCUUCUGUUCGUAGAAGAUCGCCCUUUAGUGGAAUCAAACAUAGAUCAAGACUAUAAAACAACUUUUUUGAGGUAAACAAAGUAAAUAGAGCGUAAAAAUCAAAAGUUAAUUUUUGAUGGAGUUUUGGAUAUGACCGUAGUUUAUGGCAAUUGGGGAGGGCUGUAUAAUAAUUUCAUGUAAAAAAUCGGACAUUUAACUGUCGGAUACGAGAAUUUGUGCUGCCUUUGCUUAGGUUUGUGCUGAAUGAAGGUUUGUAUGAUGUAUAUGAUACUUGUAUAUGAUGUAUAAUCUUGGUAUAGUGUAUGAUACUUGUAGAUAUAUAUGAACAUAUUAUUUGUGUGA